AUGCCCGGAGCCUGCGGCCCCCUCGCGCUCCUCCUCUGCGGCUGCUGCGCGGCGGCCCUGGGCGCCCACACCCACCCCGGGGAGCACGGCGCGGCGGCGGACUUGGAGGACGGCGACCCCGGACAGUACGUGGCCGCGGUGUACGAGCACCACUUGAUCUCCAGCCCAAACCCGCUCGCUCCCACCAGCCGCAGGCAGGCCUUGGAGCUGAUGAACCAGAACCUGGACGUCUAUGAGCAGCAAGUGAUGACCGCCGCCCAAAAGGGAGUACAGAUUAUAGUGUUUCCAGAAGAUGGCAUUCAUGGAUUCAACUUCACAAGAGCAUCCAUUUACCCAUUUUUGGACUUCAUGCCGCCUCCCCCGCUGGUCAGAUGGAACCCAUGUCUGGAGCCCCACCGAUUCAAUGACACGGAGGUCCUCCAGCGCCUGAGCUGUAUGGCCAUCCAGGGGGGGCUGUUCCUGGUGGCCAACCUGGGGACGAAGCAGCCCUGUCAUCGCGGCGACCCGCGGUGCCCACGGGACGGGCGGUUCCAGUUUAACACGAACGUCGUGUUCAGCAGCAACGGGACCCUCCUGGGCCGCUACCGCAAGUACAACCUCUACUUCGAAGCGGCCUUCGACACCCCUCCCGACGUGGACCACACGGUCUUCGACACCCCCUUCGCCGGCAGGUUCGGCGUCUUCACCUGCUUCGACAUCCUGUUCCUCCGCCCCGCCGUCGAGCUGCUCCUCCGGGACCCCGGGGUGCGGCACGUGGUGUUUCCGGCCGCCUGGAUGAACCAGCUGCCGCUCCUGGCGGCCAUUCAGAUCCAGAGCGCCUUCGCCAGGGCCUUCGGGGUCAGCGUCCUGGCCGCCAACCUCCACCAGCCGGCCCUGGGGAUGACGGGGAGCGGCAUACACACGCCUCUCACGUCCGUCUGGCACCACGACGCGGACAGCCUCACAGGCCACCUUCUCGUGGCCCCGGUGGCCAGGAACCCGCAGCGUCUCGGCGCAGAGAAUGCCACCGGGAAGACGGACCCGUCCCACAGCAGGUUUCUGAAACUCCUGGCGGGCGAUCCCUACUGCGAGAAGGACUCUCAGGAAGUCCAUUGCGACGGAGCCGCCCCGCGCUGGAACACGGAGGCCCCUCCCGUGUUUCACGCCGAGAUGAUGUAUGACAACUUCACCCUGGUCCCCGUGUGGGGCCGGGAGGGCCACCUCCGGGUCUGCGCCCGUGGCCUCUGCUGUCACGUACUUUACCAGAGGCCGUCCGUGUCCGGCGAGCUGUACGCCCUCGGGGUGUUCGACGGCCUUCACACCGUGCACGGCACCUACUAUGUCCAGGCGUGCGCCCUGGUCAAGUGCGGAGGCCUCGCCUUCGAGACCUGCGGCCAGGAGGUCACCCAGGCCGCCGGGCUGUUCGAGUUCCACCUGUGGGGGAACUUCAGCACGUCCUACAUCUUCCCAAUGCUCCUGACCUCGGGGAUGACCCUGGAGACCCCGGACCAGCUGGGCUGGGAGAAUGACCACUACUUUCUGAGGGAGCGCGGACUGUCCUCUGGCCUGGUGACGGCCGCCCUGUAUGGGCGGCUGUACGAGAGGGACUACGGGAAGUGA